AUGUCCAUCGAGAACGCUGGCAAACGUGAAACAUCGGCUGCGCGGGUUGCGUCGCUCUUCCGAACGCAUUUCGGGGGAUUCAGCAGUCAGGUAACAAAUAGAUUCGAUGAGCCCAAGCUGCGCUAUCGCAUCGUGUACGGUACUGCAUUUCCAGCACAACCUCUGCUGGAGGAGGCCGCGGGGCAAGCCCAAGCGACGAUGAACUAUGGACGACCAGAGGGAAUUAGCGGUGCGACUUCUUGUGGGCGGGCCCCACCGGCUGCCACCCCAGCGGCGAAUCACGGGCGGCAGAGAGGGUGCCGCCAAGGAACGCCCCCUGAAGGAUGGGCGAAGGCCGGUGGACUUUCAGGCUUCGUGGCGCCCGCGACAGCAAAACAGUCGCCUUGA